AUGAAUCCCGAUGUGCUGUCGGACACAGACAAUGGCCUCGAAGUCUUGCCACCGAUCGGUGACGACGGGACACAAGCGGCGGAUAAGCAGUUAAAAGCCAAACAAGAGAUCAUUGAUAUACUGGACGACAGCGACAGCGAAGAUACGGACGCAACGCCAGUCACUCAAUCGCUGCCCACAAAAGCAGUCACUCCAAUGGUUCCAACGGCUAAUGUCCACCACUACGGGACUGCAGCGGUCACUGCUAAUCAAACGGCUGAUAUAUGGCUACAAAACACGUUAAUAACUCAGCUGUUGAACAAACCCACGCGUAAUUCAUUGGACACAAACAGCGCAUCUCAAGCCACGGCACCGGCAACUGGCGUGAAUGAAAACUCGACAAAAACAAGUGAUGAAACAAAUCAAGUGAUAAUCAAUGCGAAGACACCACCGAUGGGACAGUUAUGCAGCACUGGAUUCUCACAACCGAUAUUACCGGCCAUAAGUGACGAGCAAACAAGUGAUCAUUUAGUGGCCAUCUCUGAAACCGAUUCAAUGGACAAUACCAUUGAUUCUUAUGUCAUAUUCAUCGGAGGUAUAAAUCAAAUCGACGAAAAUAGCGAAUCAAUUGAACCGAUGUUUGCGGACACAUCAGUGGACAACACAACUACACUGACGGACACCACCGAAGACACGGAAAUAAUAAUGGACUCGAAUACUAUACUCAAUGAUGACACAGAUAUUGAUAAAACUACUGAUGAGUGGCCGCAAGACAUAACAAAUGUCACCCAAGAGGACAAUUCCGACGCUAAUCACUGCCGCAUAUCUCGGCAGACAUUCCCCACAAGAAACGACUUCCAAACGCACACAAGUCUGGUUCACAGCAAACUUCAGGCGAAUUACGUUUGCGGUGAUUGUGGUCAGGCGUUUAACUUGUACUCCCUGUUGAUCACUCAUCGGUACUCCCGUCACACCAUCGCGAAGACAUCGCAUAACAUCACUACAACAGAUCCGUCGGCAGCGAAGGCGACGGCUUAUUGGUGCCAUAAAUGCGACAAAUUAUUUCCAACAAAACGUGGUCUCCAGACACACGACGGUAUCGUUCACUCGUUGAAGCCUAACAUUACAUCAGAUGACAAUUGGAUGGCCGGCGACCAUAACUAUAGCCGAAUCAAUGUUAAUGGCGGCGAUGGGAAGCCAGCGCUGGACUCACAACAGACCAGUAGUUCAAACGAUGUCAGCGAUUCUCAAGACAGUACCAAAUCAUUGAUCAAUAGACAACCCAUCGAUGGCAGCGCCGCCAUUGACUGGGCAGUGGACGCGUCCGGUAAACGAUACCGAAACGAGUAUUUCAUGGAUAAACCCGUGACGACCGCACACCCGGCCUCGCAGAAGCCCUAUCUGUGUCCGCGCGCCCACUGUUUUAAGAUCUUUCAAUCGGACGAGUCUCUACAGCAACACAUCCAGUCUGCGCACCACUCGUCGGCGCCGCCGCUCGAAGUGCCGCUCCAUAUGUGUCCGCACGAGGGCUGCGACAAGAAGUAUGAUUUCGUUGAUUGUCUCACUCUUCACAUCCGGAAAGUGCACUCACAGUCAGUCGGGGUCGCGCCGGCGGUCGAUCGCAAGCCGUAUCCGUGUCGGCAUCGC